AUGCUCAAGGGUACGACUAUCCUACUCCGUACCCGUACCCUCCAAACCCGUCAGCAUAGAACCGCGGUGUUACCCGUACCCGUGCGUUUCCCUAUCCACCACGGGUGUCGUGACUUCGUCAUCGUCGAUGCCAUAGUCGAAGGACAGAACAUAUCACGGGCUAUUGCUAUACACUCUGCAACCGUUGAGGCUUUAGCCAGCAUCAAUGCAGCAGAUGUCUUACUAUCUAGAGCUAUCAAGGGGAAGAGCAUCAGAAUGACAUCCCGUGAUUCGCAGAUUUUUGAGGUCAAAUUCGACCAUCUCAAGAUACAUUCUGCUCACCCUUACGCACUCUUCGUCCCUCGAAAUCGUCCACACAGGGUGAUUGGAAUGAAACAGAACGAGAAGGAUCCUUACAUCACCGACGUCUCCUUUGAGGAUGGUCAAGUCAUCAGAGCUAGAUAUAUCAUCGGCGCAGAUGGCGCCCGCUCGAUUAUUCGUACCAUUUCUGGAAUAGGGUUCUCUGACCCAGAAGGCCCAAACCUAAGCAACGACGUAUUGGCUCAAAUGGUCGUCGCGGAUGUCACAUUUGAGCCCGAACCUGUUGGUCCGCUAACCAUCGAAGGUCACCUCAAUAACACAGUUUUCUCAGGCAGUGUCCUUAUGCUCACACCAAUCGGAAACCACUUCAAUGACGAGCUGACGCGAGAUGGAAAGCCCAUCACAAAAUACAUAUUUCGUGUAGCUUGUGCCGUACCAGUGGAGAACGGAGAGCCGCCCCAUUCACCGCCGAAGGAGUACAUCCAGGACUUGGUUGACACAUAUGGUCCGACGUGCAUAACAUCGGAUAUAUCCCUUAAUCCGACACCUGUCAAGAUCGACCAGCUGAUCUGGUCGACACGUUUCAGACCCCAUUCAGCCAUCGCUGACCGCACCUUCACGCGUCUUGGCACUGCAAUUUUCCUAGUGGGUGACGCGGCCCAUAUUCAUUCACCCAUGGCCGGCCAGGGCGUGAACCUGGCCGUCAGGGAUGCAAUAUUUCUCUCAGAGGCUGUCACAAAGCAUAUUCAAGCAUCUGCAGAAAAUCCCGAUGUGGAUGAUACUAUUUUGCAGGAAAUCGCGGAAGCGCGUCACGCUCGAGCAUUGGAAAUUAUCCGCUUCAUAAAGAAUUUUUUGAAACUCGCAAGCCUGACGUACAACCCAUAUGCUUGGUGGAUGCCGUUUAGUCUGGCCUCUCUGCGCGAUCUGAUGCUAAGGAUACUGGGCAGAUUUGAUUUCGUGCAGUCGAGGGUUGCAUGGGGCCUGAGUGGGCUUGGAAGACGGUAA